AUGUCAAAAAGACAAAUAUCCUCCAGAUUCGACGACAGUUUCCAUCCCACCUCACCGUCUCCUCAACGUCCAGGUGGGAUUCUAGCCGAGGCUUCCCAAUUCAAAAACCAACACUUUGCCCGCCUUUCCUUCCCUCCAGGCCACACGAGUCUCAAAAGGGCCCGCCAUUGUGACAGCAUUUCCAUGGCUGCAUCACAAAAUGACAAUUGGGGCUCUUUUGAAGACCGGUCGAAAUCGCCACAUGCAAAUGUCGACUGA